AUACCAGCAAAAAGGUGCAGCAGGUGCAUCACUAUAUAUAUUUUUAUAGUCACAGUUUUUAAUUUUUUGUUGGACACAUCAAGUUACCAUGGGACAGUGUGGGAUUACGUCAUCCAAAACCGUGUUGGUUUUUCUCAACCUCAUAUUUUGGGCUGCAGCCGGGAUCCUCUGCUACAUCGGCGCCUACGUCUUCAUCACUUAUGACGACUACGACCACUUCUUCGAAGAUGUGUACACUUUGAUUCCGGCUGUCAUAAUAAUAGCCGUGGGGACCCUCCUCUUCAUCAUCGGCCUGAUCGGCUGCUGUGCGACCAUACGUGAAAGCUCCUGUGGUCUGGCGACUUUCGCUGCCAUCCUGCUGCUGGUGUUUGCGACCGAGUGUGUGGUGGUGGUGCUCGGCUACGCAUACAGGGCCAAGGUGGAACACGAGGUGAAUCACUCCAUACAGAAGGUUUACGACCAGUACAACGGCACCAACAGCGACGCCCCCAGCCGCGCCAUCGACUAUGUGCAGAGGCAGCUUUGCUGCUGCGGCAUCCACAACUACUCCGACUGGAGGAACACGCACUGGUUCAAAGAAUCUAAAAACAACAGCGUGCCGGCGAGCUGCUGCCAGCCGAGCGUCAUCAACUGCUCCGGCACGCUCAGCCGGCCCGCGGAGCUCUACCAAGAGGGUUGUGAAGCUCUCGUGGUGAAAAAGUUGAAGGAGAUCAUGAUGUACGUCAUCUGGGCUGCGCUCACUUUUGCAUCCAUACAGAUGCUGGGCAUGCUCUGUGCCUGCGUGGUGCUGUGCAGGAGGGGUCACGACCCCGCGUACGAGCUGCUGGUCACAACCAACAGCUACGCAUGAAGGAGGCCGCCCACCACCCGAGCACUCGAGAAAUCAAAAAGAAUCACAUGACAUGUCCACGGUAGAUUCCCGCUGUAGUUAUAUAAUAACCCGAGCACACCUUGCACAAUUCAUGAUACAGCAGUGAACACUGGUGAUGUGGUUUUUUUGCUUUGAGGGGGAAACCAGUUAUUUAUUGACAUGCUUUGUAAGUUACUGUUACAUUAGAUGUUCUUGUUUUUUCUCUCCUUAUAUAUAUUGAAAUAUUUACAGUAGUCAAAAGUUAUUGAUUAUUGGUGUUGAUGCAGAAUUGUAUUUUUUAUGUUGCUUGAUCAAACUUCCCCGUGAGGAUUAUGAGAAGUCAUUUGGAGCGUAAUGUGAAAAAAAGAAUGUACUGUAUUUCCUUGUGUGCUGUAGUUUGCACACAUAACUAAAACUCUGGACAUAUUUCCUGGUUGUAUAUGAAAAUAUAUGCUAAAAAAGAACAAUUUUGCUAAGAACUUGGUUGGUAAGAAUGAUUUUUUUUUUAAAUGGAAGAAAAAAACAGAAAGAUUCAGUGAUUUUGUCUGAGUUUUGUUUUUUUGAAGCAGCGCAAAGUUUUGGGUUUGGAAGAAAGAGUUUUUCAUAUUCACAAAUAUUCAGGUUGUGAAUAACGUAUGUUGUGUUUUGGCUUCAUUCGCGAGGCAUCGCCAAUAUGAACCUGUUAGUGUUAUCGGUGUUACCUGAAGUUUAAGUGUACGUGUAGCUUCAGUUUGUUAGUCAGAGAAAUCCCUGUUUAGAUUCCUCCCUGCUAUCAGAAUUAUGACGCAUUAUUUUAUAUAUUUUUUGUGAAAUUGUGCACCGUUUAUAUAUAUAUUUUAGCUGCUAGAUAUUUAGCUUGUGACGCUGAAAACAACCCCAUUGAAAACAAAAUGGUGUAUAGACUGAAGACAAAUAAAGUCAUACAUUUCAA